AUGGGGGAUGGUAGGGAAGGAGGGGGUGUGGUGAUAUUCAAGUGCAAGACCUACCGUAAAGGUCACUGUUGCUGGCGUGCCUCCAUGGGGACCCCCUCGUGCGAAGCCUCGAAGCGGGUUGCAGGCCAACACCAGUUGAUGAGCGGCGCAAUAACUCCCAUUUACAUACUGGGUACACCGUCGACCGUCCACGACUCCACGUUCUCCCGAGCGCCACCCAGCAUGCGGCGGUCAGCCAGUGGCACCAGGCGGGACGUGUGCAGUGUUUGCGGGAAUGGAAGAGCGAGAGCGAGGCCCUUUGGCACCGUGCCCGCAUCUUCACAACACUCAGGUUGCAGCGCCGUGGGUAGCACAAUCAUCCUCUUUCACCUUGCUCUACCCUACCCAGCUGUCGAGCGUUCGGCAACCCACGAAGAACCCCCACUACAGCCCGCCUGCCUGCCAAUCAGACAGCCAGCCACCGCCUCACCCUUGGGGGCAGAGAAGCCCUGGAGCCUGCACAUGCAUGCAGCCGAGCACCGCUGCUUGGGGUGCGCUGCUGCGUACAAUGCCUACAUGGUGCAAACCUGUGUCCAUCCCCACCCGCUAUUCGACCUACUAGACAACAUCUACUCUACCGGUGCCGUCCAUGGGCUCAGAUCAAGGAAGCAAGCUUGCAUGAGCACACGACCCCACCAACCCGCCUACUCUACCGGCACUCGCUACUGUCUCCAUGGCUGUUUCUCUGUAGCCUCAGCAGCACCAGUUCAACAACACGCCCCUCUGCCACCGGCGGCUGAGAUCAUCGGUCUGCACUGCGGCACCCGAGAUGGCUUGUCGUCCUGCCAUCUGCCGCUGAACACGCCGGCCCUGGUCUUGGCAAAGACCGCCUGA